GCUCUGAGGUAGGAGCGGUGCCGUGCUAGCCAGCUGCUGCUGAGACAGCAGUGAGGGCUAUACUCUGCCGAUAGCCUUCUCCUAUGGACUUGGAACUCAAUGAUGUAUUUUGUGAUUUCAGCUAUGAAAGCUCAAAUCGAAAUUAUUCCCUGCAAAAUCUGCGGUGAUAAAUCAUCCGGAAUCCAUUAUGGUGUGAUUACGUGCGAAGGAUGCAAGGGCUUCUUCAGGAGAAGCCAGCAGAGCAACGCUGCGUACUCCUGCCCCCGUCAGAAGAACUGCCUGAUCGACCGCACCAGCCGUAACCGCUGCCAGCACUGCCGACUACAGAAGUGCCUGGCGGUGGGCAUGUCCCGUGACGCGGUGAAGUUCGGCCGCAUGUCUAAGAAGCAGAGGGACAGCCUGUACGCGGAGGUGCAGAAGCACCGUCUGCAGCAGCAGCAGCGCGACCACCAGCAGCAGCCGGGGGAGGCGGAGCCCCUCACGCCCACCUACGGCCUCUCGGCCAAUGGGCUGACAGAGCUGCACGAUGACCUCAGCGGCUACAUGGACGGCCACACCCCCGACGGAGGCAAGGCCGACUCGGCCGUCAGCAGCUUCUACCUGGACAUCCAGCCCUCGCCCGACCAGUCCGGCCUGGACAUCAACGGCAUCAAGCCGGAGCCCAUCUGCGACUUCACCCCGGGCUCCGGAUUCUUCCCCUACUGCUCCUUCACCAAUGGGGACACGUCCCCCACCGUGUCCAUGGCAGAGCUAGAACAUCUGGCCCAGAACAUCUCCAAGUCCCACAUGGAGACGUGUCAGUACCUGAGGGAGGAGCUCCAACAGAUGACCUGGCAGGCGUUCCUGCAGGACGAGGUGGAGAACUACCAGAACAAGCCCCGGGAAGUCAUGUGGCAGCUUUGUGCCAUCAAAAUCACGGAGGCCAUUCAGUACGUGGUGGAGUUCGCCAAGCGCAUCGACGGCUUCAUGGAGCUGUGUCAGAAUGACCAGAUCGUGCUUCUGAAAGCAGGUUCUUUGGAGGUUGUGUUUGUGAGAAUGUGUCGUGCGUACGACUCACAAAACAACACAGUCUAUUUCGACAGCAAGUAUGCUGGGCCAGAUGUCUUCAAAUCAUUAGGUUGUGAUGACUUGAUCAGCUCUGUCUUUGAGUUUGGGAAGAACCUAUGUUCUAUGCACCUGUCCGAGGACGAAAUUGCCCUGUACUCCGCAUUUGUGUUAAUGUCUGCAGAUCGCUCCUGGCUCCAGGAGAAGGUGAAGGUGGAGAAGCUGCAGCAGAAGAUUCAGCUGGCCCUUCAGCACAUCCUCCAGAAGAACCACCGGGAGGACGGGAUUCUUACAAAGUUGAUAUGCAAAGUGUCAACACUGCGAGCUCUAUGCAGCAGGCAUACAGAGAAGCUCACGGCUUUCAAAGCAAUAUACCCGGACAUUGUUCGCACCCACUUCCCCCCUCUGUACAAGGAGCUUUUCGGCUCAGACUUCGAGCAGUCCAUGCCUGUGGAUGGGUAACCGCCUCAGGCUGGGGAAGCUCUGUCCACCACGCUGGAGGAGGCGGAGCCAAAUCAAUCCCAGACACUUUACUGGUGCACUUCCCAGACCGGGACAGCCAAUACGCUGCACAAUUCGGGGAUCGUGGUGGGCCUUUUAUUUUUGUUCCUCUUUGCAUUGUUAAAAUUUUGUUCUUCUUUUGUUGUUAUUGUUUUCUUAAUUAUAUGCGGGAUUCUUUGUCCGCAUGAAAAGGAGAGGUAAUGAAAUGUCAAUGUGAUUUUCUUUCAAACUGAACUUGGCCUUUAUAUGCAUAUAUUUUCAAGGUGUUCCUCAAAGCUGACUUGGAACAACCACUUAUAUAAUUUGUCAUUGGUUAUGUAAAUAUGUAUUUAAAUUGAAAUAAAAAAUAGUGCUAAUAUCACGAGAACCAUUCCCAAUGUCUACAACAGUUAAAAAUCUGUAAUUUCUUGCAGUGUUAAAAGUUGAUGUUGCACCUUUAUCACAGAGAAAAGGACGAUUAUACAAACACUUUGUGUGGAAAUGUAGCAGUAAUUUACCCCAGUACGUUGAUGAGGAGCUAUAUGCAUGUCCUGGUCAAGUUCAACCCUUUACCUUGUAAUUUAGUGUUUUACUGCCGUUUUGUUUGAAUCACUGUGCUCAGAAUGCAAACUUCCGGUGACAGGGGAAAGGCAGAGAGAGAGCACAGUGCCAUUGAGUUUGGUCUGCCUGCCAUGGUGAUGUAAAAAUGCACCUUUUUACGGACAAUCGUCUAAAUGUAGAAUUCUGGUAAUUCUAGUUAAAAAAGAACUUUAGCUGUCACAAACCAUCCUUCAUGGUUGCAUAGUAAAAUCAUGUAAGGCCGUCUGCUUUAAAUCCUUCAAUGGUGAGGUGUCCCAGGUAAACUUGGGGGUACUGAUAGAUUUAAAGGGUCCACCUGUUUUUUAAAUGUGCUACAGGGUAUACAGUAGUAAGUAUUUACUAUACAGAAAAAAAAUGUUUUUAGAUUCUAUUUUAAAUAACAUGUAUGAUAUUAGCAGGUAGACUAUUCUUUAUUGUUGAAUUGAUAAGGCACUUUUAUUUGCACCGUUCUUUUAUUUAAGACUCGCGUAAUACCUAGUGAUGUGUUGCAUGUGUGGAAGAGAUACCGGUUUUACCACAGUUAUACGAGGCUAGGACUGAGAGAAAUUGAUGCAGGGUUUUUGGCUAUGAGAUUACAUGAGAAGCAGAUAAGCCACUUUUAAUCCAUUCUCCUCAAUCAGUGAGAAGAGCUGUCAUCAUUCUCCACAAACGGCUUCCCAAGAGCUUGGUGUAGCUGUCAGUGGUGAUGCCAGGAAAUGGAAACUGGGUAUUGGGAAACAAGAGGCAGUGCUACACCAUGCCUGAGGCUGUUUUUGGAGCUCCCUUUGCAUUUCUGCUAAGACCCCUGAAUGGCAGAGUACAUGUUCAAAUACACUAUACAUUUUCUAGGGGCUGUUGCAUAACCAGAUGUAACUUGUAGGUCCUGUCUAAGUCCGCAGGUGGUCUGCCCACUAAUCUCCAACCACAGUGUAGAGAGGGAUCCGGUGUCAACUUUUUGUGAUAAAAAUAGGAUCUACAGUGAGAUGUGAAGUGAGCUUGCAGUGACUGGGCAAGUGAGUGAGCAAAGGAACAAGUCAGUGAGUGUGUGAGGCAAAGAGAGAGAUAGUGAGUGAAUGAGUGAGUUGGUGAGUGGGUGAAUGAGUUAGGGAACAAAUGGGAAAGUUAGUGAAUACAUGAGUUGGAUCCCUGCACUUGCCUGUAUAUCACAUCUUACACGGCUCCAAGCAGGCAAGUGUAUGAACUAUCACUUAAUAUAAAACUGCAGCAGUGGUCUCAGCUGCCUUUGCCAUUGUCCUAAAACAAAAGUAUAUUUAGAAAAUAUUGAGUCUCUGCAGUUCUGUCUGCUGAAAAGACACAACCUACCAUUUGAAAAUAGUCCCUUGUGAAGACUACUUCGCAUUCAAAAUAGAGGCUUUAGGAUUGACUGGAGCUGAUAAAUAAUCCCAGAAACGAAACAUUAGCUCUUCAAAAAUUACUCUCAUUCUGUUAAUUUGAGAUGUUUUCCCUAAACAAACUGGAAGCUAUACCAAUCUGAGCAAUAUUAUGUCUGUGAGACUCACUGAUAAACUCCACAUUUCUGGGGAGGGACUGCCAAGGGGUGAUAUGUGGUGUAUUAAAGAAAAGCAUCUGCCUGGUCUAUUUUCAGAUAUGUACUUGAGCUGUGAGUUUUCCGGAAUGACAAAGAUGUGUUGUAAAAUAGUGCCACCUAGUGGCUACAGACAAUGUAGCAGUCCUGGGGAACAGGGGAUGUGCUUAAUCUCUGUUCUGAUUAACCCCAACAGUCCAAUUCCUUGUCAACUGAUCCAAUGAGACUAUUUCAGUUUAAAUCCUUUCGUGUUCGUUUGUGAGUGCAGUGUAUGUCUGUGUCUGUGUGCGAACACUUUGGUGAUUGCUUCUCUACAGUAAGUUCUCAGCCAGCUCUGAUGUAUUGCCAUUGGAUGGUAAAGGAAAAGAGAAGGAAACAGAAUGUUAAAAGCCUUGUCUGGUUGUAAAGGUUCUAUUUUUAUAACCCAUAGUAAAUUACAUGAGAGACAGGUGACAAACAGCACUUAUAGUAUUCUUGCAAUACAAAGAAUAGGAGUAAUUUGUGUAAAUAGGAGUAAAAUUGUAAUAUGAGUGCUUUCACAAAAUGCUUUGCUGUUGUUUUCUUGCUUGUGUUGUGGUCCAACCUUACCAUUUGUACCUUAUUGUGCCAUAGUAAAUAGUUGUGCUAGGUUUUUCAAGUUUUAUGAAGAUGGACAGUGUUGUGUUUUGACAUUCCAGGAGCCAGGAUGUUAGCUUUUGGAGUUGUGGCACCAGUGAGGCUUUUUGGUUUGAGAGAUCACCAUACAGUUGAUUUUUAUUUUUCAGUUUUUGCACAUUGUCUUCAUUCCUCUGCAGUGCAAUAUGUACAUGAGUCCACUGUGGUGUACUGUUAACCCUCAGGGAAGUGUGAAAGAAAAUAAAAACAGUUGCAGUUACCGUUGAAAAGAAGGUUUUGUUUCUUUUCUGUUCAUUAUGAUUUCUUAUUCUCAUUUCAAAUGGAAUGUUAGUGAUACAAAGGGUAGUGAGUAAGAGAAACAGCUUUGAAAUCUGUAUGUGUCAUGGAUGGAAAACAACUGUCUUUGGGGGUUGACUUGAGACUCUAGAAGUUAUGCAUACUGAAAUUAUUUUGGAUUGUCCUUAAGUAUGCUUUUGACACUCAGAUAAGGAGAGCACAUAAGCAUAUUGGUGUAGAGUGUGAUAACAAAUGGAUAGGCCCAGGGUGCAGUUCCUUGUAUUAUGAUCUAAGAACAAAACAAGCCUAUAGAUUAUCUUUCCUCAGCCGGUUACUUUAAAUCAUUUUUUUUCUCCAUAUUAAAUAUACUUUCAGUGUUGGUAUACAGUAUGUACUGUAAUACCAUUCAGGCAAAUUCAGUUUCCAGUCAUACCAUCCAGCUUUGUGACACUACAUUUUAUUUGAAUGCAUUUGUCAUACUUCCUUUGGAAACAGUUUUAAACAGUAUUAUUCUAUACACAUGUUUUGGUAUAGAUGGAAAAGGAAGCAAUACUUUACUAUGCGCAGUAUCAGCUCCAGAAUCCCUGUGUUUACUUCCCUGUGCCAUCUGGAUCGCAGACCUGUAUAUAGAGUAGCUACCAGCAUCUACAUUCUUAAAGUUUAGAAACACGCUCAAACUGUGAAUGACAAUCCAUGUACAUGUACCUCCACGUAGUGGAAUAUGGGUUCUGAAUUAGAAAAUUAAUGCUCAGGGAAAAGUUAAUUAAUGUAUAUUAGAGUAGUGAGGUCAUUUUGUGGAAAAUGUUUUUCUCUAGGUACGCACUUGAUCUGACAUACAUGCUUAGCUCUUUUGGGAGAAAAUAAUCCUAUACUUUUCAUUCAAGAUGAGGAUUACAUUUGAAAAUAAGAUGAAAAUAUGUCCUCUUCAAAGUACAGGGUGCAAACUGGUGCCUGGCAUGCAUAUUUCAAGUGUUGGUUUUCAGUUCAUGCAAGGGGGGUGUAUUUGUAGUGUUGUUUUUGUAAUAUUCCUUGAUUAUGCGCCAUCCUGAAAAAAAAUAACUUUGCUGGAUGCUAUUAACAGCAAAGCCCAUGUUUGUAUUAUAGCACACUAUUUUAACAUCAUGUGUAUGUUGCAAGAAAUCUUCAGUCUGUCAGCUCAUCUGUCAGCCAUACUGUUAGAGACACUGAUAGCCUGUUUGAUGGGGCACUCCGGAUGAGGUACUCCGGAUAGCGGUAGCAUCCUUGCUGCCGUGUAUUUAGUCAGAUCCUCCUGGUAUUUAGGCCACUCCUCUCUUGUACCUGCCAAGAAUUUCAUGUUUUUGGGGAAAUUAAAGUUUUCUAAUGUUACCUAAUGCAGCUGAUCGGGAGUAGUUUCUCUUUGAGCAAGUUAUCACAGAGUCACUCUAUGAGUGAUUUUGGGUUUUACUGGCGUAAACAUUUUUUUUUCAGCUUAGUGCCAAAUGAAUCCCCCUUCUGUGCCUAGCACAGUGAUAGAUUUUACCCUUUGUGCAAAUCUUGUACAUUAGCGAUACGGGUUUUAGAGAGGCGCCAUUGCUGUUGAAGCUGUUGAACAAACAGUGGUGAUGCACGCUUUCAUACUAUCUGGUGCUAAACAAUGUCUGCUUCGCAUACCCACUCCAUCAUAAAAAACUAUACAUUUUUACCAACCAUUUCUUUUCAAUGUGUUCUUUCCAACAUUUGUGUAUCUGCUGGCUUUCCGAUCCAUGUAACUCUGCUUUAAAUGGAGCAAAAGCAAUAUCAAUCUGAAAAUGAGCAAAGACAGAAUGCUUUUUCAUUUGUUUUUCAAAUUAAGGCACCUCUUGCCCCUUGGUGCCCAAAUGUGGGAUGUUUCAAAUCAUGGCAUCCUGUAAAUAUAUCAUUUCCUCAGACAUUUUCGUGAAAAACUUUUGUUUUAUUUUGCCUAAAAGGUAAAUUGUCUUUCUAUUGCAGGCUUGUGUGGUAUGUUUACUUUUUAUUGCAGCAGAUGACAUCUGGAUUUGUCUCAGAGAGGAUUGCAGGUUUCUAAAUGGUACCCAUCCACCCAUACUCAAUCAAUUAUUUUGAUUAGUUCAGCAAAAAUGGCAAUUUACUACUUAGAUAAAAUGACAUGGUUCCAGAUUUGACUUUUGCUCUAAUAACAGUGAAUGAUGCCUUUGUUCGUUUGUGCUUUCUGCUUGUCAGGUGAAAAUGCAUGAAAGCAAUAUUUAAAGAAAUGAACUGUGGACUAAGCAUUGCUUACUAGCAUUGUGUGUGUGUGUGUGUGUGUGUGUGUGUGUGUGUGUAUAUAUAUAUAUAUAUAUAUAUAUGUGUGUGUGUGUGUGUGUGUGUGUGAGAGAGAGAGAGAGAGAGAGAGAGAGAGAGAGAUGUAAUUCUGUCUUUCACACAUAGGAUGAGCCCCAGACAAGGCUUCUGUACUGACUUAAGAAUGACAGGGUCAGGUGGUAAAACUGUAGUCUUUUUCCUUAAUUUCUCUUCAUUUAAAAAAAAGUGUUUUCCAGCAUAUUUAACAAUAGUCUAAUUUUCCAAAGCACAGCAGGCAUAGCAAUGACAAAAAGUAAAGAGCAGUUUUCAAAUAAUAAAAGAACAACUUCUAGCCAUAACCGAAUGUAAAGCAAUAAUAUAAGUGUUGAAUUAUUAAUUUUGUGCAUAGGUUUUAGACACCUGCAUGUAAAUACCUCGUAUUUAUCACAUAUGGUUUGGUUUUGUCUUAUUUUGUUGGUUUGUUUUCCCUGAUGUUGUCAUUUUUUCUUUAUUAUAUUUGACUGGUUUUGCUCCUAUGUUGGGGACAGAACUUCGGAUGGCCUGUACGCAUACUUUCCCCUCUCUCUCUGCUUUUAUUUCACAAUAUUUAAUGUUAUUGAUCACAUGUGUAGAGGUAACUUUAUAACUUCUGUCUGUAUAGGUAAAAGGAAGAUACUGCUAUAAACAACUUCUCAGUCCAAAUAUUUAUCUGUUUAUUCAAGACAUCAUGCUGUACAAUAUAUCUGUUUUAGUAUAUUACUCUUUUAGAAUUAGUUUGAUAGCGGUAGGGUGUGCUGAUUUUUUAUUUAAUUUUUUGUGUUAUUCUGAUGUGAGGUGAAGUUACUUUUGUGAACAAAACCUUGAUUCCUAGGCUAGGCCACCCUAUCUGUCCUGUUUAUUUCACUGAGUAUUGAUGUAUAAUUAAUAUUAGAAAUAAAUAAAUAAAUAAUUAUGAAUAAUGAUACUGAUAAUAGUGAGAUUAUUGCAAUACCCAGCUAGUACCUGUAUCAGUGUGCUAGUAUUGGGAUGAGGCUUUCCUUUCUUUUACUUCUCUCUUUAAGAUUAUUAGCAAAGGGAGUAUCAGUACAUGGCAGAUUCACAAUACAUGUGUUUCCAAAAAAGAAAAUAUACAUUAAUUUGUUUUUUUGUUUGUUUUUUUUUUCAGAAAAAGCAGUAUAGUGUUUCUUUUCAUCUCAGUGGUAGUCCUUAUUGUGAAAACUGCUGGUUUGAGCUAAAGCUCCAAACCAGUGGCAGAGCUGGCCUCAUAGGGCAUAACUGAGAAUGUACCUCAAUGUUUGUCAGAAGCUGGACAUUACUGCAGUCCAUACCUCAAUUCCGUUUUUUGGGGGAAAUAAAAUUCAAAGAAUAAUAAAUGUCCUAAUAAAACUUAAUUAAGCUCUUCUUCAUCAAAUUUGACUCUCUUUCAACAAUAAGCAGUGUGUCCAUCACAAUCAAAAGGGUAUAUGCCCCUUAUACUAAGUAUUAUCUUAAAGACAUGUAACAAAAAAAUCACCUAUGGAGGUGUCUCAUUCGUAUUUCUAAAAUCAGCCAGAACAUGCUCACUCGUAAUAAGUGGUAAAUUUCAGUCACAGUGUUUCAUACAGGAUUCAUACAGAUUUGAAACAGAUUUUUUGUUUGUUUGUUUUUUUCUGAAUAUGUAUCGAAUGAAUAUGUAUGUGUACUCAUGAGUCAGUUCACUCUAAUUUUGUAUUCCAUCUUCCUUAGGAACUUGUUUUCCAUGUUUUUUUUUAACUGAUAAGACCAUUGAAACUAGUUUUACUUUGAUACAAUAUAUUGUAUAUUUAAGUCUGUAUAGAGUAAUGCAACUGCAAUGUACAAUAUACAUUUCUAAGUCAAUGAGCAUGAACUGGGCAGGUGACAGCAGACUGAACACCAGAUUAAAAUGAACACAUCAAAUGUACUAUGAAUGUUCUAGUUGAUAUUAGCAAGCUAAAUGAGAUGCUUGGCUCAGUUAACACUCAUAUCUGAAAAGAAUGGACAAUCCUUGUUGGUGUGUUUUAAGUUGGUUGAAAUUUAAGUGUUUCUUUUGACAAAGUUGACAAAUGCAUUGUAUUUUAAAUAUGCAAAUGUGUCUUACUACACAUUUGUAUCUCUUUGAGGCUGUUUUGUUAAAUAUAAAUUCAAGGGAGGUUGUUCUGUGCUAAAGCAGUAUAAUCUGUGGAUAACUUAAACCAGGAUUGUGUGUAUUGCAAUUUUUUAUGUCACGUUUGCUACUGAUCUUAAAAUGAGGACAGAAUAUUAUGUAUGUUUUUACCCAGCCCAUUUUAAUUCUCAUUAGGACUUGUCUCUUCAUAAUAGUAGUUUUGCUCCUUAUUGUCUCAUUCUUAAAUACAUAAAAAGUAUUUUGAUUCAUUUUGUAAAUACAACUGUAAAGAAAAUAAGAAAUUUAAUGUUGUCUUUUAAAUACUUUUCAUUCUAAUAUGAAUGUUGUUAUAUUGUACUUAGAAACUGUACCUUUAAUAUUACCUUUAUUAAAAACACACUGGACACAUCGAUUUAAGAUGUGCUUCAUGUGCUGUUACCCAUAAU